UAGGCAAGCCAUGACUGAAUCGUCGAAGCCCUUCUCCGGACGGGUGGCCGUGGUCACGGGCGGUGGCAGCGGGAUCGGCCGGUGCGUGUGUCGGAUGUUGGCGACCGGCGGCGCUAGCGUCGUUGUUGCCGACAUCAACCUAGAUUCGGCGAGGGACACGGUCCGGACUUUGCCAGGGCCCUCACAACACCAAGCCUUCAAGUUGGAUGUGGGAUGCUCGGAGUCUGUGAAGUUACUCUUUGAGCUCAUCGAAAGCACCUGCCCUGCGCCGGCAAGCCUUGUUGUGAAUUGCGCCGGAAUCAAUAUUCCUAGCACGCAAUUGAUGGAUAUCUCCGAAGAGUCAUUCGACGAUAUAAUACGAAUAAACUUGAAAGGUACCUUCCUCAUCACAAGAGCUGCAGCGAGAGCCAUGGUGAGCGGCAACGUUCAACAUGGCACCAUCGUGAGCAUCUCAAGCAUGCUGACUGAGGUCACUCGUGCUGGCAGAAGUGCCUACUCCGCAUCCAAGGCUGGCGUGGAGGCGCUCACCAAAGUGGUGGCCAAAGAGCUGGCGUCUCGGGGCAUCCGCGUCAACACCGUCCUGCCGGCCUUUCUGGACACUCCGAUGGGGCGUACGGGCCACAACUGCGAGGAGAUUGAGAACAUUUUGGCGGGCAUUCCCAUGGGCAGGUUAUGUCGGCCAGAAGAAGUGGCCGAGGUCGUUGUGUUUCUCUGCCUGCCAGAAAAUUCGUUUAUGACCGGUGCAGCUGUUUCUGUGUCUGGGGGAGUAAUGUAAAUGUCGUCCAUGAUUUUGUAUACGAUUUCAGUGUGGUAUUUAAGCGUCCUGUUAUUUACAGGCUGUUUUAAUACACCCUAGCGUUAUUUAGGAGUGAUUCGCUGUCAUUAUUUUGACUGGCUCAAAACGUUUAAAUGUUAAGGGAUUUAUGUUCAUGGCUGUGCUACACCAAGCGUCAACGUUCUUAUACUUGAAAACGUACAACAGUGCAGAGUUGGGGCUGGUAUAGACAGUAAAAAGCAUAUGGGACAGCCCCUUUGAGUUCAAUUAUUCAAACACUUUUUAGCUCCCAGCUGCGCUAGAAUCAUUGUCUCUUGAUCUAAGGAUAGAUUCACACAUGCCUAAUCAUAAUGUAACACCUCAGAGCAUGUGCAAAAAAAAAAAACUUUCAAGCCGAAGGAAAAGACAACAAAGAAGAACGCCUCGUUUUCCUACGUAAUUUUUUACUUCAACUUGGAUGUUUUAUACAAGUUUAAGCGCCAGACUCUCAGGCGUUACAUUAAGUUUAAUUAUCAGCAGCUGGCCUGCACGCGGGCUCUUUUUUUCGUUGAUCGCAGAUACCGCCGGUCCUGAAGCUGUUAACUUUUAAGUGGUGCUGGAUGUCUUGUCCAGGUCUUGCUGCAUUUUUUUGUACUUUGCGCAUUUUUAUUAUACGCCACCAGCUCUAAUUUUUAUUUU